AUGGAAAACUCCUACACUGAAGUCUUUAAAUCCGUUUCUAUUCCGGUUACCCUCAAGGGAACCAACUACGUAUUGUGGUCUAGACUUGUCAAAACCGCUCCUGGAGGCAGAGGUCUUUGGGAGUAUGUUGUUGAUGGCAAAGACACCAAGAAGACCAUCCUAGGAGAGGAUGGUAAAGAAGUUGUUGCUGCAGCUGAAGGAGGUGGAAAGAGAAGUCAGAAGGAUCUCAUGGUCCUUUCCAUCAUUCAGAAUAGUCUUGAAACCUCUAUCUUGGAAGCUUACUCCUACUGUGAAACUUCCAAGGAGCUGUGGGAUACUCUCCAGAAGGUAUAUGGAAAUAUAUCUAACAUCAGUAGGGUGUUUGAAGUCAAGAGGGCUAUCAACACUCUCAGUCAAGAGGACACUGAAUUUUCCAAGCAUUUUGGGAAGUUCAGAUCGUUGUGGGCCGAGUUAGAGAUGCUAAGACCGGCCAGUCUUGAUCCGGAUGUACUUAAUGAGAGAAAGGAGCAAGACAAGGUCUUUGCUUUGUUGUUCACUCUCAACCCGGGUUAUAGUGAUCUAAUCAAACACAUUCUAAGAAGUGAGAAGCUUCCAUCACUUGAGGAGCUUUGUGCUCAGAUUCAAAAGGAGCAAGGCUCAGUGGGACUCGUUGGUGGCAAAGGAGACCUUAUCAUAGCUAACAAGGUUGAAGGAAAUGAGCACAAACAUGAGGGCAUGGCUAACAAGGGGUAUUACAAGCCAGAAGACAAGAAAGUCUUUAAGCCAGUAGUUAUAGAUUCUGGAGCUUCUCACCACAUGAUUAGUGAUGCUAGGUUAAUCAGUAAUGCUAAGCCUGCCUUAGGUAAUGUUAUGAUUGCAAAUGGCGACAGCAUACCAAUAAAAGGUGUAGGAAACUUGAAACUAUUUGAGAAAGAUACUAAAGCAUUUUAUAUGCCAUCUUUUGCAUCUAAUCUAUUAUCUGUCAAGAAGGUUGCCACUGAUCUUAACUGCAAGGUUAUUUUUAGUCCUAAUGAUGUUGUGUUUCAAGAUAUUGAGACUCUUAAGAUGAUCGGAAAGGGUGUUACUAAAGGGGACUUGUACCUGCUUGAAGACAGCAAGACUAGAUCAUGUUUACCUUAUGCUUUUAGUUCAAUCCCUGUCUUAGAAAAUGAUAGCUACAUAACUAAUCAGUUCAAUGUUAAGAUCAAAGUAUUCAGGUCAGAUAAUGGAGGGGAAUAUACAAGCGCAGCUUUCAAAUCCCACUUGGCCAAGCAUGGAAUAAGCCAUCAAACCAGCUGCCCUUACACUCCACAACAAAAUGGUGUACCUGAGAGGAAAAACCGACAUCUGAUGGAAGUGGCCAAGUCCAUGAUGUUCUACACCAACAUGCCUAAGAGGUUCUGGAGUGAUGCAGUCAUGACAGCAUGCUAUCUCAUCAACCGAACUCCAAGAAGAGUCCUUGAUGAUGCCACACCUUAUGAGGUAUUUAACAAAAGAAAACCAUCUAUUGACCAUUUACAGGUAUUUGGGUGCUUGUGCUAUGUAUUGCAAACAUGUGAUCAUAGGAACAAACUUGAGGCCAGAAGCACAAAGGCAGUGUUCAUUGGGUAUUCUACCACUCAAAAAGGUUACAAAUGCUACUCUCCAGAGACAAAAAGAGUCUUAGUAUCCAGAGAGGUCAAGUUUGUGGAAUAUAGAGGCUAUUAUGAGGAGAAAAGUUGGGACAAUCUCAAGGAUCUAUCUAAAGGGGCCUCAGAUAGGGCAAACAACCCACGGAUUAUCAUGGAGAGCCUAGGUAUCAUCAUGACACCAAAUGAAAGAACUACUGGUUCAACAAAUAGUUUAGAUCAAGCCAGUGGUAUGGAUGCGGCGGAAGAGGCUUCUCAUCCUAAUCCUGAAGGGGGGGAAUCAAGAGGAUUCGUCUACUGGUCAAGAGGAACCACAUAUGGGUCAAGAGGAUCCGCAGACUACUAA